CAGCCAGUCUGCUUUUGGCAUGGCAUACUGUGGGCAAUCAUUGGAAUUCAUCGAUUGAAUGUUGUUGAUUGUUUUCUUCUUGUGAAACACUGUGUUUAUGUUUCAAAUUUCAACUGUUGCAGGAUUCUUAUAAGAAAAAAAAAAGACCAUGAUGUCUCCAGUGUCAUAACUGAUGAUUCCUUUACCUAUCAAAUCUGUACUAGAUUGGCAGAUAGUUCACAUAUGUGGGUGCUGAUGCUGAAUUAACUGGAAAACAUAGAAAAAUGGAAUUGACAAUAUCAUCAGACAUCUCUCCCUUUCAGAAAAUUAUGUCUUGAAGAUGACGACAAGUUGCCAGUUGAUUUACAUGUCAUCCUUACUGAUAUACUAGCACACCAUACUUUAUUCGGCAUGUAAAAAAAGCUUUCUCUUCUGGCUUUCCCUCAUCUAAAAGGCCUUGAUGAUGUAAUGGUGUUUCAGAAAGUGGAGUUUUGUCUUGAAGAUGACAAAAGUUGCCAGUCGAUUUACAUGUCACCUUAAGUGAUGUCAUAGCAGCUACUUGUCAUUUAAAUAGUUUGUUACCAUACUUUAUUUGACAUGAUUGUUUUAUAGAGUUAUUUCAUUUUGGUUUUUUUUCAGGCAUACUUCAAUUUCAGAAAAUUUUGUCUUGAAGAUGACAAGUUGCCAGUCAAUAUACAUAAAACCCUAAGUGAUAUUAUAACAGGAACUUGUCGCCCGGAAGUAUUUGAGACUUGACCAACAUGGACGACGUGCCCUGGGAGAACCUUCAACACGCACUCGCCCUCCUUGCGUUCCCUUCUGACACUCGGGUAUCACCACACAAGGAGUUGCUCGAUGCGUCGAGGUGGAAUGCCUCGAUUGAAAAAUUUCGUCAAGACUAUUUCCGCCUCUAUCAGUUGGCUCCAUUGUCUGUGUUGGCUGUUGCGUUGCAAGCUGGUCUCUCCACAAUGAAAACUCCGCAAUGUUAUCGCCCAAUGGAUCAGAGGAAUGUUGAAUGUCCCAUGUGUCAAGAACUAUUGAACAAGUUUGCUGAACGAUUACUCACGCUCAUUGCUCACAAUCAAGAUAGAUCUGUCGCUUUUCGGGCUUAUCUCUUAACGAACAUAACUUACCUAUGAAGCUACCCAACGGUCGUGUGUACGGAGAGCAGACAUUUAUCAGUUUUCGUGCACAAGUUCAACCAUAUUGUGUUUGUUUUUGAAUCAAUAGGCCUUGCGGACUAUACCUGUGCUCGCAGCAAAGAAGUCUUCGCUGUCAAAGAUGUAGAGAAAGUUUAUGUUAUGUAGUGUUUUUUAUGUACUUAGUAAUACAUUAUUUUCGUGAA